CAAGAUCUCGGAUGUGGGUGCCGUACAGUUGCUGAUGGCGAGGGGGGCGCUGCUGGGGCGGCGGGCGGCGCUGAGGCCGCAUCGGGACCCGGGGCUGGUGGAGGCAUUCCAGCUGGUCCGCACGCAGCGCCGCCUGGCCCGCCGCAUCGCGCAGCUGCGGCACCAGCUGAGCGACGCCAGCCUGCAACAGCUCCCCGAGUUCGAGCAGCGCGUGGGUGUGUUGCAGCAGCUGGGCUACCUGGGGGCGGACCGGGGGGUGACGUUGAAGGGGCGGGUGUGCUGCGAAAUACAGUCCACUCAGGACGAGCUGGUUGCCUCGGAGGCGGUGUUCAGCGGCCUGCUGGGGCAGCUGGCGCCGGAGGAGGCGGUGGCGCUGCUGAGUGCGCUGGUGUUCCAGGAGAAGUCCGAUGUGGAGCCCCGGCUGCCCCCCGCCCUCGCCGCGGCCCGGCAGCAGCUGUACGACCUCACCGCCGCCACCGCCGCCGUACAGCGGGCCGCGGGGCUGGACGUGGAACCGGAGCAGCACUGCGCGGAGGUGCUGCACUGCGGGCUCAUGGAGGUGGUGUACGAGUGGGCUCGCGGCACCCCCUUCUCCGCCAUCACGCAGCUGACCGACGUGAUGGAGGGCUCCAUUGUGCGGGCCAUGGUGCGGCUGGACGGGGCGUGCAGGGAGCUGCAGGACGCGGCCCGAGUGAUGGGCAACACGGCGCUGUUCCAGCUGAUGCAGGCGGCCUCGGCGGCAAUCAAGAGGGACGUCAUCUUCGCGGCAUCGCUGUACGUGGCGUGAGAGGGUGGUGGUGGUGGUGAGGGGCGGUUGAUACAUGCAUGCAUGGGGGUGAGGGGGUUGAGACUUGGUGGGCACUGAGUGGGGCUGCGGGGGGAGGUAAGAGGAGGGGGAGAGGGAGGGGGAGAGGGAGGGAGGGGGGAGGAAAGAAGGCGCCGUGUGGGUUAGCUGGUCGCCGGCAGGUGGGGCGGCAGGGUGCAGGGUGCAUGUGGCCACGAGGUGUGUUGACGACUGGACUGCAGAUCUAGGGGGGGGAUACCGUAGGUGGCGAGGAGGAGCUGUUUGCUGCUUUGGUGUCCGAGAUCACAAGGUGUUGAAGCACGGUCGCAGGAGGUGAAAUUGAGGAAGCUGACGAGCUUACCAUGGGGGGCAGGGGACGCAGCAGCAGCGGCAGGGCGCCUCAUGGCUGUCUGCCUCCCUUGCUGCCCACGUCGACUUGUAAGCACAUGUAAACACGCGCGAGCACAUGUAAGAUGUAACACAC